AUGGUGCCGAGGAGCCGUGGCCUCUGGAAAGGCUGCGCUCUGGCGCUGGCCCUCGCGGCGCUGAGGUCUUUCGCGCCCUGCUUCUCCCAGGCAGCCACCACAGCCGGAGCCCCGGGAGCCCGCGGAACGCUUUGGUUCUCAUUGCACGACAACCGCGGCCACCUUGCCAAGCACAAGCUGUCAGAAGUCGCCGCUCAAGUUGCUCCCUACCCUCCAGGUGCAGCGCCAGGUGCGGCUACGGCGUGUACAGGCUUCGCCGCGGCUCCCACCAUUCCCGGCCUGGGCUUUCCAGUCGCCUGGCCGGGAGCACUUCCUGGGCAACCUCUCGGGCUUGCGCAGCCUGGGCAGCUGCUGCCGCUGCCGACCUUGCCCACAGCCUUGCCGACGGCCUUGCCGCUCCAACAGGCGAGCUUGCCCGUCGCUGCGGCGCAGCCCCUUGCACCCCCCGGGAACGACGGUGGCUGGACGGCGGCGGUGGCGGAAGCGGCUGCGGCGCUGAACCAGCUGGGCUACGGGGCCGCCCCAGCCGCCACUGCGCCGGCCGCGGCAGCUGCACCGGCUCUCGCAGCGCCCGGCACGGCCGGCACGGGAGACCCCGCCUUGGCGUCGGCCCUUGCGAGCCUGGGCUUGACGCCCGGCUCACUGGCCAACAUCCCUGGACUCGAGAGCCUGGCAAAUGUGCCGGGCCUUGAAUCUUUGUUGGGUUUAGGGCCCCAAGCCGCAGUUGGCUCAACCGGAGUCGGCAUUGUGCCUUCUCGUUCGAGGGUCAAGGGCAAAGGCUUCCCUCCCAAAGGUGGUAAGGGAAUGCCCAAAGGCAAGCCGUCCUUGCAGGACCUGCCCGUCCUCACAAGCCAGGAAGUGCAGGAGCCGCAAGUCUUCGUCACUGCGGCGGGGCAGAAGAACGAAAAGAAGUGCAGAGCACUGCUGGCGCACAAGGACUUCAACAGAAUGGAUGACAAGGAUUCCGAGCAGAGAACCGCAGUGCACAUCUGCAUCUUGAAAAAGAUGCCGGAGGAUAUUUGCCUGAGCAUCUUGAAUCGGGAUGACUUCACGGAAGUCAAUGCGGUGGAUCAGUUCGGCUACACGAUCCUGUCCCUGGCGGCCUCGAAUGGCAUGGUCAGCGUAUGCAAAGCUGUCCUGGAGCAUCCGGAGUUCACGCAAGUCAACUCCAAGGACAAGUGGGGGGCGACCGCGCUGCACUGGGCAGCGGCGUCGAACCUGGGUGCCGUGUGCAGCGCCAUCCUGGAGCACCCGGCCUUUGUGGAGGCUCACGUGGUGGCCUUCAGCUUCAAGUUCGAGAACCAGACAGCGCUGCAGGUGGCCGAGGAGAGAGGUUGCUCGGAUGCAGAGCAGGCGCCGAAAAUGCAAGUUCGAUUGCUGACCACAGCGGAGCUCCUCCGUGCUGCGAAGCGUCUCAACGUGGAGCUCCGCGAGAAUGUCGCGGGCCCCUGGUACCAGAUCGAGCUUUGGAGCGGUGACCGCCAGCUGGGCAAAACCAGCGGCUGGGCACAGCCCUGGGGAAGCCUGCACUUGGAGACCAUCGAGGUGCGGAAGUUCACCGGCUACUGGGUCGCCAAGCCGGCCAGGGGAGGCGAAGCCCCGACGAGCCCAGAAGAUCAGGCAGCGAUGGAGGCCGAGGAGAAGAAGCGCUAUGCCGACGUGGCCAAGGUAGCACGCUGGUUUGGCUUGCUGCUUUCAAUGGCCAUCGCCUGCUGGAACAGGGAGAGAUCGCCUUUCUUCUGCAAGGAGGCGUUUCUUCUCGCCAUCUAUGAUGAAGACAAACAGCAUGAACGCCUUGUCCGGUACUACAAAGGCCUCGGCUUCAAGGUGAUCAAGGAUGCAGAGAGUAUCGAGUACCAGGACCAGGCUCAGAGCUCUGCAGACAGCGUUUGCUUGAAUUGA